AUUUUUAAUCACAAAUGAAUUCAAUUUUUAGAAGACUUAGCAAGCGGAGUAUUCAUCCUUUGUAUAAAAACAAUCCAAACAUACAUAAAAUAUUCCUCCACAGAUCCCUCAGUUCAAUAAAUAGCAACAAAAUUUUAACCAGCUCAUCACAAACCUCCUCUCACUCCAAAGAACCUGCAUCAAAUUUCAAGCUUAAACUAUUGCUACUAACACUAGGACUAGCUCCCUUCCUUACAAAAUCCUUCAGUCCAGCUCCUGAAUGCCAAGACCCAUCCCAAAACAACCAAAAUCCUUCAGAAAAUUCCUCCAAAACUCCUCACCCUAGCAUCCCCCGGACCGAACAAAUCUACGAAUCCUUAGGCAAGAGUACCCCCAAUUUUUAUGUGAGUAGCACCUUCGACCUGCACAAUAUGAUCCAAGAAGAAAAACUAACAAUGAAAUAAGGAACUAGAAGAAGCCUCUGAAGAAGAAAUCAGACGCCUUGGCUCCAUGAGUGACAAACAAAUCGAAUCCAUGAAAGGUGUGGGAGAGAAAGAAAACGAACUAGUCAAGAAAGGAGGCCUUAUGUACAGAAACAUCACUGUGCUUGAAAAAGGCAUGCUCAAGAAUAAUAUGAAGGUACAGAUUAGUAUCUGUGACCCAGAUGACCCGGAUUCGUACCAACCUAUGAAUAAAGUUCUGAUAUUUAACAGAGAUGGAAAAUAUUACUGCACAGGUAGCUACUGUGGCUAUGAUUUUACCGAUCUUAAUGAUGGCAUCUUUAUUGGAAACAAAAUAAUUUGCCCGACAUGCUCCUCUGCUUAUAAUAUUGAGAAUGGACUGGCUGAUAUAGGCCCAACGCUUAGAAAUAUCACGAGUUUCCCAAUUCAAGUGAGACAAAAAGACGUCAAUCUUAUUGUUCCAGAUCACAUUCCUGCUUUUUCAAUGAGAGAAACUUUGGAAAGAGAAGAUAUUGACCCAAGAGUUUACAUAAUUAUCGGUGAUUCAGAAGCUGCUUUAUCUGCAGUAAUCACCCUUAGAUACUCGUUUACAGGGAGAAUCAUUGUACUCCCGACCAGUUCCUCUGGAGCAUUUGAAAACAAGGAGAUUUUCCCUCGGAAAUUUGGUCCUCUUAACAAAGCUGAAGUCUUUCUGGUAGAACCUGACUUAUUCCAAAAAGCAAAGGUUGAUGUAAUCAGUGCUUCAAUUCUCAAAAUAGACCAUGAUAACAUGACAGUUCAUUUCUCAAAUGACGAAAAGGUUGAAUUUGAUGGGAUUCUCUUUGCUGGCUCUGCUACAAAAGACGUUCCUUCAAAAUUUUCAAAUGUCUACACCAUUAGUGACUAUGAGACUCAUGCUACAGUUCAUAACGAAGUCAUCAAGGCCAAGAAUGUGUGAGUAUUCGGUGGAACUUUUGAAGCCUACCAACAAGCAAUUUCUAUCAGAAAUUAUUUGAAUAUGAUCAAGCUUGAAGACGUCAAAAUCACCCUCUUCGAAAGAGAUACUAAUGAAUUCAUCAGAACUGUUGGGCCUGAAGUCGGAAACAGAAUUAUCAAUGAAUUCAAGAAGCAUAAAAUUAGUGUCCUUCGAAAUAUAGAUGUUACUCAUACUGAGGGGGAUCACAAACUGAAAGCUAUCUAUUUCAAACACAAAGGUUUCCAGAAGGAGUAUUUCAUUGCUCCUGAUGUCUGCAUCAAUGAGGGUGAGCUGAAGGAAGUUGACCAUAAAUACCACAACACUAUCUUCUUUGAUAAACCCAAGUGGAGACCUACAGUUGAUGACUAUGGCGCCUUUAAAAUCGACAGGAACUUUUCAAUAAUGAUAGGGUUUGUCCAGAGAGGUAUGCUUGCAUGAGGACAAAAUGCUCUACACAGAUCUUUCCUUGGUAAUGGAACUGUAAGAACUCCGAACACUGGAUAUAAUGUGCAAGCUGGUUAUAUUGCAGCACUCUUGAUGCUUCAUAAAACUAUUAAAUUCGAGCAUCUUCCUUUACAAAGAAUGACAAUUGGCGACAAAGAGUUGUAUUAUUAUGGAGAAAGGAUGAACCACUUCGACGAUGCAAUCAUUGAAGGAGACUUAAACUCAGACAAAUUCAUUUGUUAUUAUCUCAGAAACGACAUUGUCUGAGGAAUUCUCACCUUCGGAUAUGUCAACCUCCAUCUCUACCUAAUGGAGGCUAUGAAGAGGUUAAUGAUGCCAUGAGGCCAAGAGAUCAGGCUCCAAAAAGAUUGCUAUAAAUCCAUUGUCGACAAGGUGAUGAAGAACAGCAGUGAAUUCAUCUGAACAAAACAGUUCGAACUUGCUAAAAAGUCCCAAAUCAUGAUGGUCAGAGGCUCAGAUGUCGAAAGAUAUUCCAAGUUCAGAACCCAGCUCAAAUCCAAUGUCCAAGAGAAGAGGAAGAAAGAGGCUGAAGAGAGACAAAUGCAGAAGGAGAUGCAGGAUAGAAAGAUGAAAGAGGAAAUUGACAAAAGGAAAAUUGAGUUUGUGCAGAAGAAGAAAGAUGAAAUCAUCAAGAAAAUGAAAGAAUAG